AUGGAUUCAAAUGACUCCAUGAAUCCAUAUCAUCCCUCCUCUAGCUAUAUGAACCUGUUGCACAGUCAAAUUGAUAACCAAAACCUUGAAUACACUCCUCUUGAUAGUCCAAUUUCUGAAAUUUCAUCUGAACCUCCAUCCCCUCAAGAAAACUGCAAGUCAAGAAAAGCAUGGUUACCAACAGAUGAUAUCAUGUUGGUAAGCGCUUGGCUCAAUACUAGCAAGGAUCCGGUCACUUCCAAUGAGCAAAUACGUGGAGCCUUUUGGGGGAGGAUAACCGAUUACUUUCACUCCUGUCCGGAUGCUGUUGGUCGACCCAAGAGAGAGGCGAGUCACUGUAAGCAGAGGUGGGGGAGGAUAAACGACUUGGUGUGCAAGUUUGUUGGCUGUUACGAGCCUGCGACUAGGGAGAAGUCUAGUGGACAGAAUGAAGAUGAUGUGAUUUUUAAAGGUAAUGGAGUGAAAAGGGGAAGAGUGAGUAUUAAUGGGUCUGAACAGGAUGCACACCAACCGAUUGAUGUGGAUGAAUCAUUGCCCCGUCCUCCUGGUGUUAAGGCUGCCAAGGGGAAGUCCAAAAAAUCCUCUAACACCCAACCGAUUGAUGUGGAGGAAGAUGGGAAAGCUUACUUGGAGUUUCAGUUGGAGCGUGUGUCGAGGAUGUAUGAGAUGAAGCAGAAGGACUUCGAGUUGAAAGAGAGGGAGUUUGCUAUGCAGAAGGAGCAUAUCAAGCAUGUGAUGCUUGAUAAUCUGAUUGCUAAAAAGGAUUCACUAACUGAAUAA